AUGAUUACCGCUAAUGAGAUCCCUGAUUUCAUUAACGAUUUACAGCGCACGCCUCGGGGUCUGCGGGUGGCACAGCGGCUGGUCUCCCUUUGCCCCUGUGCCCUUGACCUUUGCCCCCAGACCUUCAGUCAGUACAUGCAGGACCCGGCGCCUAGUGGAGCUGUCGAGCGGCGUGCUGCACUUCCUGGCCCCCGCGGUGUCCUCCAACAGCUCUGCAGCCUCUCCUGGCCCCUCCCCAAGUUUGCCCAGGUGGGGACAGACGGCCGCUUCCUGCCCUUCCCUGGAACCCCGGAGCACCUGGCCUGGCCGAAGACAGCUGUGUUCAGCAUCCAGCUUCUGCAGAUGGGGCCUCUGCCCUCGGGACUCCGUGGUCGUUCAUCGUGCAUCCCAGAUUCCCAGCGCUCCCCAGAUGCAGCGUGCCCUCCAGUCCCGGGUGGAGAACGUGCUCCACAGAACACACCACAGGUGGAGAGCAAGAGGCCCUCCCCCGGCCGGGAGCAGGGCCCUUGGUUGCCCAGAUCCGGUGGGACGACGUCAUUGUCUGUGCAUCAACCACAGGCUGAGGCACUGGAUGCCCCCCGGGCUGCCCGUCAUGUCAGAGACACCAAUGUUCCCACUCUAUUUCAUCACGGGCACCGUAGGGAAGAGGAGUGUGGAGGGAGACAGAGCAGAGGAUUCCCUGCCCAGUGUCCGUCCAGCAGUCUGCUGCUGGAGAAAAAGGAGAGCCAGAGGUUUGAAGAUGAACUUCAGCAAUGGUUGUCUGAAGACUCAAGAGCAUUUACAGAUUCAACGUCCAUUCCCCUCUACCUUCCUGAGACUCGGGUGUCUGCCUCGACCAUAGAACCUGUGAUGAAGACAUCUGCAACCAACAGCCCUCAGAAUGAAAGGUCAGGGGAGCAGCCACAACUGUCAGAGGCAGCAGGCGCAUCUCUGACCAAACCCGAAGCACCUGGAAAGGCUGACCCCUUAAGUUCAAGGGAAGAAGAAGUUGCCUCUGAGCUCCAUCUCUCUAAUCUGCUGGAGGUGGUAGACAUUUGA